AUGUCUUCCGACGCAGCUAUACUCCAGGAGCACUACCGCAAAUUCAUUACGGGAUGCCACAUUCUGCACUACCAGGGUGUCUUGGACGCCUAUGGCCAUCUUUCCUUCCGGCAUCCGCAGAAACCUGAUGUGUUUAUCAUGUCCCAGUACAUUGCGCCUGCACUGGUGUCCUCGAAGGAUGAUAUGAUUGAGUACUGGGUCAAGGAUGCUGAGCCAGUGGAUCCGACCCAAGGCAAAGGCUACUCGGAGAGAUGCAUUCACAGUGAGCUUUACAAGAAAUAUCCAGAUGUGAAGAGUGUCAUCCAUAGCCAUUCGGAGGCUGUUGUUCCAUACACGAUUUCUGGUGUCCCAAUGCGUGCAUGUUGCCAUAUGGGAGGGUUUGUAGGAACCCAGACGCCUAACUUUGAUAUCGCCCACCAUCUCAAGCCGACAGACAAAAAAGAUCUGCUGGUCCGGAAUACUCAUCUUGGUAGUGCGCUGGCUUCACACUUUUCCACCGGUGACUCGUCAACCCCCGAACAUGCCGUAGUCCUCAUGCGCGGCCAUGGCUUUACUGUGCAGGGUGAAAGCAUCGAGGAGGCCGUUCUGCGGGCUGUCUAUACCCAGAAGAACGCCAGCAUCCAGACAACGGCACUCUUGACUCGCGCGGCUCAUGCGAACGGACAAUUCUCUUCUGUCCCUGAGAUCAAAUACCUUGAUGAGGGAGAGAUUCAGGGAACUACACUGAUGACCCAAGAGUCCGCAUAUAGACCCUGGGGCCUAUGGGUCAAGGAGGUAGAAUCUCAUUCAUUCUAUGUGAAUAAGGAGAUUCAGUGA